AUGGGUAUACUUGAUUCAUUAAUUGAAUGGCUUGGUCUUCGUCGACGAGUAGUUAAUGUAUUAGUUGUUGGUCUUGACAAUAGUGGUAAAUCAUCACUUUUAAAUUUUUUACGUCCACGUGAAGCUCAAACUGAUGAUAGAACGCCAACAGUUGGUUUUAAUGUUGAACAUUUUUCAUAUAAUGGACUUUCAUUUUCUGCAUUUGAUAUGAGUGGACAAAGUCGUUAUAGAACAUUAUGGGGAAAUUAUUAUCGUUCAACAAAUGGUAUUAUAUUUGUAAUUGAUAGUUCAGAUAAAGGACGUAUUCUUAUUGCUCGUGAAGAACUUCAACAAUUACUUUCACAUCCAGAUAUAUCAAAACGUAAUAUUCCUAUUUUAUUUUUUGCUAAUAAAAUGGAUAUACGUGAUGCAUUAUCAGAUGUAGGUGUAUCAUCUGCAUUAACACUUGAAAAUAUUAUAAAUAAAUCUUGGUAUAUAUGUUCAAGUAAUGCACUUACAGGAGAAGGUGUUGUUACUGGUAUUGAAUGGUUGAGUUCAGCAAUUAAAACUUCAUUCGAGCAAGGAAAAAACUAA